AUGGAAGAAGAGCCAGCAUUACCUUCAUCAGUCAUUCCCACUUUAUCUAAUACAAGCCAAAAAGAUAAUAAUAUUGAAGGAUCCCUAGAAGAAAAAAACACUGACCAUCCUGACGAGAAUAGUAAAGAGAAUCGUGUCAGCAUCAAGGAGCAACAUACUGAAGAAGAAUUAGCUGUAGACACAAAAGACGUAAACGGUGAUGAAGAAAAUGUUGAUUUCAAAUUAACAGGAGACAAUGAAGAAGUUCUGGAAGCGACAGAGGCAGAAGGAAAAGGUGAAAAAGAUGAGGAGCAAAUUAAAGAAGAAAAUAAGCCAGAGGAAGAGCCAAUUGUGGAAGAAGAUGUAUUUAUUGAAGAACCUCCACCUGAUCCUGCAGCUCCUUUUGAUUUUAGCGACUCAAAAGAGGCUCUAAAGGAGCCCUUUGAACUGAGACCUGAUCAACUGGCCGAAGUCGAACAGCUUUGGGAUGUUUACCAAAAUUAUACUCCAGCAUAUACUGACAUUGACGGUUAUAUAACAGAAAAAGAAUUAGUUUACAUGUUAAAGAGCCUUCUUUUGAUGACAUACACUCCUGAACAGCUAGAAGAGUUGAUUGCUUAUUGUGUAAGACCACCUCAUGCCGAGGGCCAUAUAACAUUUGAACAGUUUCUGAAAAUGGUGACAAUCAGACAAAGAGAUUUUGAAAUAGAAGAUGAAUUGCGUUCGUCAUUGCAAGUUUUCGAUCCCGGCAGAACGGGUACCAUUGAUAGGGAGUAUUUUAGAGAAGUGCUAGCGAAACAAGGCCAUAAAAUGCCUCAAAAGCAUUUGGAUAAUCUCAUAAAAGAGGUAGAUAUGUCUAACGACGGAACUAUUGGCAUAGAAGACGUUGUCGGUACCAUGUGUAUUGAUCUGAAUAAAGAAGACUUAAUGAUGCUUAGAGCAUCAGUUUAUCCGCCAGACGAACCUCCAGUGGAAGAAAACUUUUGA